AUGGGAUUCUUUCAAUCUAAGGCUGAUUCUUCACUGUUUAUCCGAGGCAGUGGUUCUUCUUUUGUGGCCCUCUUGGUUUAUGUGGAUGAUAUAAUAAUAACCGGAGCUUCACUUGCUAUUGUUGAUAAGUUAAAGUCUCUUCUUCAUCAACAUUUUCAACUUAAGGAUUUAAGAUCUUUAAAGUUUUUUCUUGGACUUGAAUUGGCACGGACUUCUACUGGGAUUUUUCUUUCCCAACGUCACUACACUUUGUCUUUGUUGGAAGAUGCAGGGUUGCUUGGUUGCCGACCAGUUUCUGUCCCUAUGGAUCUUACUCUUAAGUUGCAAGCUAUCGCAGAUGGUGAUCUCAUUGCUGAUCCUGCUUUAUAUAGAAAGUUUGUUGGUAAGCUUUUGUAUCUCACUAUCUCGCGUCCUGACAUUACAUUUGCAUUCCACAAACUCAGCCAAUUUGUCUCUUGUCCAGGCAAAGAGCAUCUUGCAGCAGUCCAUCAUCUUUUGCGUUAUUUGAAGAAGACCCUUGGACGUGGCAUUUUGCUUUCUGCCUCUAAUUCUUUCCAGCUCAAAGCUUUUUCAGAUGAAGAUUGGGGAUCCUGUGUUGACACUCGGAAGUCUAUCACUUUUCUGGGUGAUUCUAUGGUUUCGUGGAAAGCUAAGAAGCAAUCCACCAUCUCUCAGUCUUCAGCAGAAGCAGAGUAUCGUGCCUUAGCAGCCACCACCUGUGAAAUCAUUUGA